ACUUGAAUACGCAACUCGCACCCAUUUCUUUGCGGUUCUUGUUCGCGAGUUUCCAACAGCCAGUUUUGCACUUAGCAUCACAACAAACUGAGCUACCUAAACUCUUAAAAAUCAUAAUGGCCUUGCUUAUGAACAACAUUUCAAGUAUUCCAUCAUCACCACUUUUGACUGUGAACGAGAACCUGAGGCUGCGUUCGCGUGUGCUUGUUAGGAGUUUAAGUCGCGGGGAUCCUGUAACAGUACCUCCUCCAGAAUUGGUUAGAACCAAUGAAGUUUGUUUUGUUAACAAGGAUGUUGGUGUAGCUUGUUGUGAUGAUGGUGGAAAAGAUAAAGGACAAAAUGGCCCUACAGGGUUGGAGCCCUUGUGGGAUGAUGGUUAUGGGACUCAAAGCUUAGGGGACUACAUUGAUAUAGCCAUGAGUAUGCUUAAAAGCGAUGGAGGGCCGCCUAGGUGGUUUUGCCCCGUCGCGUGUGGCAAACCUUUAAACGAUUCUCCUGUUCUUUUGUAUAUACCUGGGAUGGAUGGAACUGGAGCUGGUCUUGUUGUACAUGAGAAAGCACUCGGAAAGGUCUUUCAUGUUCAAUGCUUGAAUAUCCCAUCUUGGGAUAGAACACCAUUGGAAGGUUUGAUUCAAAUAGUGGAAGACAAUGUGAUGAUUGAGCACGCUUUGUCCGGAAAUAAGCCAAUUUAUAUGCUCGGAGAGUCUUUUGGAGGAGCCUUAGCGCUUGCAGUCGCUGCUCGUAAUCCUACAAUUGACUUAGUACUUAUCCUAGCAAAUCCAGCAACGUCCUAUGAGAGGUCACCAUUGCACCCUUUAGUAGCAUUCAUGAGGACUCUUCCUGAUCAAUGUUAUGGGACAUUUCCGUAUAUCACGAGCUUCCUUCUGGGUGAUUUUAUAAAGAUGGCAAUGGUUAAUAAUAAAAUGGAUGGUACAAACCAGUCUCCGCCCCUCGUUCAACUCAUGCGCCGUAUAAUACGACAUCUGCCACUCUAUUCUGCGCUGACCAAAAUAAUACCAAAGGAUACUCUUAAAUGGAGAAUCGAUCUACUUGAAUCAACGGCUGCGUAUGCUAAUUCACGACUUCACGCUGUUACAGCUCAAGUACUUGUGCUUGCCAGUGGCAAGGAUAACCUCAUACCGAGUAAAAAUGAGGCCCAGAGGCUUUCAGGAGUACUAAAGCACUGCCAAAUGCGCGUGUAUGAGGAAAACGGUCACACAAUCCUAAUGGAGACUGGUGUUAACGUGUUGUCCGCUAUCAAAACCACUCAUAUGUACCGACGUUCUUCUAAGCACGAUAUCCUUAAUGACUUUUUACCUCCUAGUAUCACAGACUUUAAAACCACCCCAAUGGAUAACUGGUGGUACCGGCUAUCUAUGGGUGCCGCAAUGUUUUCAACGAUGGCGGAUGGGAAAAUAGUGAGGGGUCUUGCAGGGAUUCCGGAUGAAGGGCCUGUGUUACUAGUUGGUAACCAUAUGCUAUGGGGAUUUGAAGCUUUCCCUUUUGUCUUGCAGUUUUUGAGAGAGAAAAAAGUUGUGCUUCAUGCUUUAACCCACCCGGAAACUUUUGCAUAUAAUGUUGAAGAUGAAUAUCUUAUGAUUCCAUAUACUGAUAUAUUGAAGUUGUUUGGUGCGGUUCCGGUUUCUGCAAGAAAUCUUUUUAGAUUGUUGUCAAGAAAGUCUUACAUUUUACUUUACCCUGGUGGUGCGCGUGAAGCUUUCCAUCGUAAGGGAGAAGCUUGCAAGUUGUUUUGGCCUGAUAAACAAGAAUUUGUAAGAAUGGCAGUGAAGUUUGGUGCCACCAUUGUACCAUUUGGAGUUGUUGGGGAAGAUGACAUAUCAGAACUAAUGAUUGAUUAUGAUGAAAUGAAGAUAAACCCUCUCCUAAAUCGGAUGGUCAAUGAACUAAAUAAAGGGAGAAAAAACGUUAGGAAGGAGAUGGGUGGAGAGAUUUCUAAGCAAAAACUUCAUUUUCCUAUCUUUUUACCAAAGCUACCGGGUCGACUCUACUAUAUGUUUGGGAAGCCCAUACGAACCAAAGGAAAAGAAAAUAUGGUACAUGACAAAGCUUAUUUGGAAGAGCUAUAUUUGCAAAUAAAAUGCAAUGUUGAAAACAACAUGGCUUAUUUGCUAAAUAAGCGAGAGGAGGAUCCUUAUAGAGGCUUUGUUGAGAGGCUCAUGUGGGUAAGGGAUCAUGGAUCUUUAGAUCAAAUUCCGUCAUUCGAGCCAUAAAAAUUGAGGUCAUCCAUAUCAAUCGCAUUUUGUUUAUGCAUGUAGGUUCAAAUGCAACAUUUUGUAAUGUUUUUUUUAUUACUUCCUUGUAUUAUAUCAAUAUUUCUCAUAUCUAUUAUGGAUGUAAGAUUUGUCUAA